CAACGUCCCUAACCUCAGCAGAAGCAUCUCCUCCUAAGUCGUAGGGUCUCUCACUUGUGAAAGUAGUACCUUUCCUGUCCUUUCUCAGGGAGGGCUAAGACCCAAAGCUUGCACGAGUGAGACAUAUAGCUCAAUAUCUUCAGAUGGUAAGGAAAUCUGAAAGAAAAUCCGCAAUAUGCCUGCUGCAGAUGAAGCACCUAUUAUUAUCACCUAUGUAGCUAUAUUCCUUGAUCAGUUGUGCUUAUCAGUGAGAAUUUUGCUUCAACCUGCUCAAUAGCACAGCCCUUUUGAGGAACUAUUUUAUGUUACAAUCAGUUGGAAAGAAUGAGAUUCAUGGUAUUAUAUUAUCUAAUCUUUUGGCAAUGUUACCCUCCUUCAACAAGUUGUAGGCUUUAAAGCUUGUCGUUACUACAAGUUUGAAAAAUGGCACUGUCCCUGCCUUUCUCAUCCCAAAUGGAUUGCCCAAUCUCUUUCCUCAAUUCUAGUUUCCUCCCUAGGAAUCCUUCUUGGUUACAUGGUAACAUUAACCAACAUUACGAGAGCAGUAAGAACUUCAAAAAUUUGUCCAUUUCUAUUUCUUGUUCAUCUCGCAAAAUUGUUCAAAGCCCUUUGCUAGACAGGCAUAUUGUGAAGCAAAACAAGAUUCGGUUUGUUCAAAAGCUGAAAACACUGCUCCUUUCUAAACCAAAACACUAUAUGCUACUCCACAUUCUUUCAAAAUGUCGAUCCUACCUUUCCCUUUCAAAGCCUCGCUCACUCCUCUCUAUGAUUCAUCGUUAUCCUUUAAUUUUUGAAGUCUUCUCAGUCCCAAGACCACCCUUACCAUUCAAUGCUACAAAAUCAUAUUCUCAACUUUGCGUCCGUCUAACCCCAGCAGCAGCAGCCCUUGCCUCCCAGGAAUUAAAACUCAAAUCAGCAAUCUCAAUGACCUUGGCAGCUAAACUCCAGAAACUUCUCAUGCUUUCAUCUCACCGUCGGCUUCUUUUGUCAAAGUUGGUUCACCUUGCUCCAGAUCUUGGUCUCCCCCCUAAUUUCCGUUCCCGUCUCUGCAAUGACCACCCUGACAAAUUUAAAACUGUGGAUACUUCCUAUGGCCGUGCACUUGAGCUUGUAUCUUGGGAUCCACACUUGGCAAAUCCUCUACCCUCUCCUGAAGUUCAUUCACAUGAUAUGAUAGUAGACAGGCCUUUGAAAUUUAAACAGCUGAGACUUCGAAAGGGACUGAACUUGAAGAGACAUCACCAGGAUUUUCUGAUCAAGUUUGGGGAAAUGCCAGCUGUAUGCCCUUAUAAUACUUCUGCGGGGGUGUUAGCAAAAGAGUCCAUCGAAGAAGAGAAAAGAGCUUGUGCAGUGGUGAGAGAGGUGCUGGGGAUGAUGAUUGAAAAGAGGACUUUAAUUGACCACUUGACUCAUUUCAGGAAGGAGUUUGGGCUACCCAACAAGCUGAGGGGAAUGUUUGUGAGGCACCCAGAGUUAUUCUACGUGAGUUUGAAAGGGCAGAGGGACUCUGUGUUUUUGGUGGAGGGGUAUGAUGAGAAAGGAGCCCUAUUGGAGAAGGACGAGACUUCGGUUAUAAAAGACCAGUUGAUGGCGUUGGUUAGGGAAGGGAACAAGAUGAGAAGAGAGAGAAGAAGGGCUAUGAUAUAUAGCUAUGCCACUGGUGACUCUAAUGAUGGUGAUGAUGAUGAUGAUUACGAGGUUGAUCACAAUAAUGAUGAUCAUGAUGAUGGUUUGGAUGAUUUGUUCGAUUAUGAAGAUUCAGAUUUGGACUGUGUCGUCGUGGUCGGUGAUGAUGAGAGCAGCGAAUCAUUAGGUCACAUGGAGAGUGGGGCGUUUUGGACUGCAGAUUCUGCUUCUCUUCUUAAUGAUGUAGAUGGAGCAAAUAUGGAACCUUGGUAAUCAUGAAUAUUGUUGAUGAAACAACGUACAUAUCUUAUGGAAAAUAGUAAAAGUAAGAAAUAAAUUUUUUUAGUGUUAUGAUAUCGUGAUGCAAAGGUAGCAAUUGUAACAUAAAUUCAUACACUAUUGCUUGUUGCAUUUAGAUUUACUAGAAACAAUCUUAUACUACUUGAGCCAUAUUGGUCUA